AUGUUCACCGUGCUGACCCGCCAGCCCUGUGGGCAAGGAGGCCUUAAGACCUUCUCCCGAAUCCCAGCUAUCAUCACCCUGGUGGUCUUGCUGGUGAGCGUUGUAGUGCUGAUAACAAUCACAAUCAUCCAGAUUAACCACAGAGAAGUCCUUCUUCCAGGACUGAAGUUUGGAGUCGUGCUGGACGCUGGGUCCUCCAGAACCACCUUCUACGUGUAUCAGUGGCCAUCGGAGAAGGAGAAUGAUACGGGAGUAGUCAGCGAAACCUUCAAGUGCAGCGUGAAAGGCUCCGGGAUCUCCAGCUAUGGAAAUCGUCCCCAAGAGGCCCCCAAAGCUUUUGAAAAUUGUAUGCAGCAAGUCAAGGCUCAGAUUCCAGAGAAACUCCACAAAUCCACCCGCAUUUACCUGGGGGCCACGGCCGGGAUGCGUUUGCUCAGGUUGCAAAAUGAAUCUGCAGCCAAUGAAGUCCUGACAAGCAUCGAAAACUACUUCAACUCCCAGCCCUUUGAUUUCAGAGGUGCUCAGAUCAUUUCUGGGCAAGACGAAGGGAUCUAUGGAUGGAUUACAGCCAACUACUUAAUGGGAAAUUUCCUGGAGAAGAACCUGUGGAAUAUGUGGGUGCAUCCCCACGGAGCGAAGACCACAGGAGCCCUGGAUUUAGGCGGUGCCUCAACCCAGAUAUCCUUUGCGGUGGGAGAGAAUGUGGAACGGAACACCAGUGGGAUCAUGCAAGUGUCUCUCUACGGAUACACGUACAAGCUCUACACACACAGUUUCCAGUGCUAUGGGCGGAAUGAGGCUGAGAAGAAAUUUCAGGCAAUAUUGCUUAAGAAUGCUUCUCCCAAAACCAGUAUCACCAACCCCUGCUACCCUCGGAAUUACAACACCAACUUCACAGUGGAGAACAUAUUCAACAGCCCGUGCACAGAGAACCUGAAGACUGUCGGCUACAAACAUGAUGAUAUCAUCACUUUUGAAGGCACUGGGGACCCAUCACUGUGUCGGGACACAGUAGCUCAUCUAUUUGACUUCAAAUCUUGCCAAGACCAGGAAAACUGUUCCUUUAAUGGGGUCUAUCAGCCAAAAGUGACAGGCUCAUUUAUGGCUUUUGCGGGAUUCUACUACACAAUCAGUGCUCUCAAUCUUUCAGAUAACUUUCCUCUGGAUACCUUUAACUCCAGCACCUGGAAUUUCUGCUCACAUAGCUGGAAUCAGCUUCCACUGCUGCUCCCCAGGUUUAGUGAGAAUUAUGCCCGCUCCUACUGCUUCUCCGCCCACUACAUCUACCACUUGCUUGUGAACGGAUACAGAUUCACGGAGGAGACCUGGCGCCAAGUCCAUUUUAAAAAAGAAGUGGGGAACAGCAGUAUAGCCUGGUCUCUUGGCUAUAUGCUCAAUCUGACCAACCAGAUUCCAGCCGAAAGUCCCCUGAUCCACCUGCCCCUGGAGCCACGGGCCUUUUGGGGCAUCCUCAUCUUCUUCAUGGUAAUGGCCGUGACGUGUCUGGUGUUCCUCGUGUACUUUUAUGUCUCGUCCAGGAAUCGCAGACACUCCCAGCAUGCCUUUGACAACGCAGUGGAUUCCGAGUGACCCUCCAGAAACAGCUUCUAGAGCUCUAGGGCUGCCUGGAACCAAAGUGGUGGCACCUGCCAGUACAAACGAACACACAACUGAAGUCAAGUUCCAAGGCCGGGUGCCUUUCUGAUACCAGUUUAGGUGGUAGCAACUUUUAGAAAGACCCCUGGCUCCUCUGACCUGUUGCUCCUCUCU